AUGAAACGAGAUAUGGAUAUGUAUAAGUCUGGUAAUCCUUCAUCUCAUCCAUCACCUAGUUCAAGAUCUUUAGGCACUAGUGAAUUACGCAUGAAUUAUAUAUUCAAGAAUCUUUUUCAUGGUCUUCGAUACUUAGAUUUUGCUGAACAAUUAAUUCAAACAAAAUCGAUACAUGAUUUUAAACGUGUAUCACAUAUAUUAGAUGAAAUGAAAGAAAUACGUGGUGAUCCAACAGAUAGUUCAAGUAUGGAACGAGUAUCUGAAUUUGUUGAAAUGAAAAGUAAUGAAUUAAAAUCAAAAUUAGAUUUACUUGUACCAACAAAUAUUAUUAAUGGAUCAUUUAAAGCAUAUAUUACAUUUGAUUGUUCAAAUGAUACUAUGAAUGUAAUUAAUAAUCUUGUAAAAGUAUGUGAAAAUACCAAAUAUAAAAUAAUAUUUAUUGCAUUGGAUAAUAAUCAAAAGAUCGAUAAAGCUCAAGAACAAUUAAUAGUAUCAUCACAAUAUGAUGGUGAAUAUCCAUCGAUUGUUAAACAAAUUGAAAGAGAAAUUUCUCAAAAUUAUCAAGAUUUUAGUAUUAUACGUAUUAAAAUCAAAGUAUCAACAACAAAUCAAAGUGUACUAUUAUCUGAUAUGGAGAGAGAUUUGUUUUGGAGUAACACAACAAAUUAUUUUGAAUUACGUUAUACGAUUCCAGUAAGAAGAAGUCGUAAACGAGAUGAUUUACCAUAUAUACAACGACGUUUUCGAGGCUGUAUCAGAAAUAUUCAUACUUUGCAUGUAUCACAUGAUGCAUUUCAAAAAGCCUAUGGAAAUGAUUUACGUUAUGUGAUUACAAUACGUUUCUUUAAUGGUGGUGCAGGAUUUGCAUUAAUUCAACAUAGUUCAAUCAUCGGAAUGUUAGAACGAAUGAAAUUUUCACCAUUAAAAGUUGUCCAAGAAUUUGUUGUUCAUGAUACAAAUAUUAAACUUGAUAACUGUAUAGAAUAG